AGAAGAAGCCUCAGGCCAGGAAGGCCAGGAAGUGGAAGAGCCUGAAAGCUGUGCAGUUCAACACAGAGAGAGACUUUGCACAGAGCGUGCUCUUGGAUACAGAAACAUGGGCAGAAAAGAUGCAUCUUCUGCAAGAACCCCAGUUGAUCAGUACAGAAAGCAAAUAGGAAAACAAGAUUACAAGAAAACCAGGCCAAUGUUAAAAGCAACACGGUUAAAAGCAGAGGCCAAGAAAACCGCACUAGGCAUAAAGGAAGUCAGUCUUGUCCUUGCAGCUAUAUUGAUAUUUUUAUUGGCCUGUUACGCCUUCUUUUAUCUUAACCUGUCUGAAGAUCUUGACCUUGAGCUGGAUCAAGAUGAAAACUAGCAGGAGUCUUCACCCCCCGCCGCCCAUGUUUGCUGCCACAAAAGCAUUACUUUGACCAGUCAUAUUGCAAACAGACUCUGACCACUGAGAUGGACGCAACUACAGCUGAUUCCUGUAAAUGAGAGGUGAAUUAUAUUCAUGAGACUAUUUCAACGAACCUGAUGGAUUUUCAUGUGCUUCAUCUAAGCUGCAGACUAGUUCAGUGGCUCAUGUUGAGCCUUUUCACUUUUUUCUGAAAUUGAACAUAACUUUAUUCCAAAAGAAAAUUUUCUACAUUUAUUACCAUUGGUGUUAGUGGAUAGAUCCUGAUUUCCUUGAUAACAUUCUUGAGCUGGAGUAAUUUGCUGUGUAAAAGGAUGACAAGAGAUAGAAGCCAUCUGAUGCUGUCCGUGGUCUUUGUGGGCAUAUAUCCAUUAUAAACACUUUUAAAUUCUCUUUUAAAUUCAACUGAUUGCAGAGGGAAUGAUUCAGAUACAUGGAUAAAUUUCAUUUAAGAUCAUUGAGAAUGAAAAUAAGCUUCUCUUUGUCCGGACCAUAUUCUGUGUUGUCUGGAAUAAAAAUUGCACACUAUGCUUUGCUUUAUAAAGUGAAACAUGUAUACAAAUGGAUGAGCUACGAAUUGACUGUACUAUGCACCAAGGGUCCCCUUGUCACCAUUGGACUAGAUGCAAAGAAAGGAUGUAUUUCUGUUUCGAAUUCUAUGAGCGAGUACUUAAAUUCUUCUGGAAGUGAUGAGAUUUCAAAAUGCUUUGCUCAAACAUGCUUGCUGAGAUUAACUGACACAUAUGAAGACCAACUCAGAGUCCAAACUCAAAAGAAUCUGCAAGAUGUUGACAUGGAAGGUGACAGUGAUAGAACAAUUCCACAUCUCUCUGUUCAGAAGAAAGACCCAUUAUUUCAGGAGGGCUUACUCCCACAUAGGGAUGUACAGGGUUUAAAAUGUAAAUUUACUACAUCUCUGCAGGUGCAAAUACCUGGCAGCCAGACAAGCAAACAAUAUUUAGGGUUUGUUGCUGUAAUUUGUUUGUUUGUUGUUGUUAUGCCAAGUCACCUCUGACUUAUGGUGACCUCAUAGAUGAGUGAUCUCAAAAGGUCCUGUCCUCAGCUGUCCUGCUCAGCUCUUGUAAACACAAUCCUGUGGCUUCCUUUAGGGAGGUAAUCCCCCUUGUAUUUGUAAUAUGCCAAUCUGUAAAAGCCAUCUUGAGUCAUGGACUUUUCCAUUUCCAUUAGGAAGGAAUGCUUGGUCUCUAAAUGGAAACAAAGGCAGAAACAAAAAAAAAUUGCUAUUUCCUGAAAAACCAUUAUAUACUUAUUUCCUAAUAUGAAAUUAAAUUGCACUCAUGUGCAGUUAUUGAGAGAGAAGCCAGAACCAGAAAGUUUUAAUCCCCAUCUUUUCAGAUUGAAUGUAAUAAAACAGAAUGGGUUGUCGUCCUCCCUACCACAAGAAGACAAGAACUAGCUCCAUCUCCCAUGCUUUGUGCUCCCCUAUACCUUCUAUUGAUAUUUGAAUAGAGCAUGGAGAAUUUCAGCUUUAUAAAAGGCUGUCUGAAUCUGUGAGCUGGAGUCUUCCAAGUUAGCAAGAAGUACCAGAGGAAAAAUAAAGAUGCUUUAAUAAUUUGUAAUUUCAGCAUUGCUAAACGAACAAACAAAAAUCACAGCAAAUGUCUGUUCAGAAGGAGCUUUUGAUUUUUCUCAUUUUUAUCUUUUGGUGGAAGUUUAUUUUCAGCAUAAUCCUCACUCCACUGUGUGUGUGCAUGUGUUGUAGUACCAGUACUCAUCUUUUUCAUUCAUUGCCAACUGUUCAAGGCACAUGUGUUCUGUCAGAAAUGGCACCUGGAUGACAGAAGCUCUAGCAUUCACAUAUGCCUCUGAAGCAGAGUUCCUUGCCUCUUGAGCUGUCUGAAAGAGUGUAAAUAGAAAGUUCAGUCGAUGUUGAUUUUAAUUAGUGCAUCGCUGCAUUAAUAUAAAGUUGAAGUUCUGUUUUAAUUAAACUAUGAAUGCUGCCUGCAAUAUCAACAUGGAAGAUAGAGGGUUGAUGGUGUUUGAUUUUUUAAAAAAUCUCUUUUGCCAUAAGGCGGUGAUUCCCCCCCCCCCCAUUUAUUCUAAUAUUUGCUAGCAAACUCUUUUUUUAUACAGAGCCCUACUAAAUGAAGAACAUGCUGUCUUUUUGGUACUCACUCACAAGAAUCAAUUCCAAAUAUGUUGCACAAGGAGUUUUGGAUUUCCUCCCCUCUUCUGCAUCAUUGUUCCAAAAGAAAUAGACAAUAUAAACAAAAUACAUCUUAAGUCUUCGUGUGUCCACGUGUACAUGCAUAUAUGGAGCACUCGCAGUCCAAUUGCUUUAUAAACCUGAUGACUGGAAAGGUUAUUACAAAUUACUUCUUUGCAUUACAGCCUCCAAACCUCCUGGCCUAGUAUGGCCCAUGGCUAGGUUUGGGGGAGAUUCUUGUACUUGUACAGUAUACAACUUUUCCAAGGGCUGAGUUAUGAUGAGUUAAAUAUUAAGCACUGAUCCAUAGAGUAUUCAUUCAUUCAGGACACUGGAAUAAUAAGCCUCUGUAUUCAUCAGGAUAUGGAAGUAAAAAAGAUCAUGGAUUAAAUCCAAUGUUGUCCUUGGGGGUCACAGAGGAGCUUUCUUCCCCCUCCCACACCUCUGCACCUAUCCAUGCUGCGUGAAAACCAGAUCUUGAGGGGUUUGCAGGUUUUGGGGAUAUGCAGAUGCUACAGUGGUGAAGGAAUCACACCUCUCAUAUUUCUGCUUGAUUCCACCAUUUGCUAGCACGUUUCCAUCACUGGAUCCUGCCCUAUAUUUCGUUAUUUUCAUUUAUUGAAACCUUGAAUUUAGACCUUACUGCUACUCACUUCAGUCUAGGGACCAAUUCACAGAAUUCUGGGUUUUUUAAAACACUUAUUUAUAAAAUAAAGUCAGGCAUCUGACUUUUUCUUGGAAGAUGUAUUGUUUGAAGAUUUGACUUAUGUUGGAACAUUUCAGUCUGUAAAAAAAAAA